AUGCUAUACGCGGUUCAGGAAUGGCCACGAAGUGUUGCUGCGCGGCAGCACUCGUUGAGUAAAUCGCUGAAUCCGAAACCGCCGAUGUCACUCAUUUUGAUCGACAGAACGUCUGAUAAAUUAGUCGGACACGCACGUUUGUGCCCUCUUCCAACUGAGAAGCAAGCGUGCUGGAUUGAGUCGGUUAUUAUCAAAAGCGACCUGAGAGGACAAGGUUUAGGACGUUGGUUUAUGGCUCAGCUGGAAGAUAAAGCCGAAAAAUAUGGCUUCACAAAGGAUUAUCAAGGCUCCAUACGCUUUUUGUUGCCUCAUCGUCCUACAUCAUGUAGAAUGAAGGGGAGCAGAUAA